CGUGUUGUUGGAAGUGCUUUGUUUUGUCUGGAGUGGAGAAGUUCGGCUUGUUAUUGAUCUGUGUGAUUCGGCUUGUUCAUUGUGUUAUUUAGUACUAGGGACGAUUGUACCGAUCACUCUAUGAAGUUAAGAUGAAACAUGUACCAGGCCCCUGUAGUGAGACAUAUCCAGCCUCUUCCCCUGAUGCAAAUCAGGCCGUGAAUAUCAAAGUCGAGGAAGUCUCAGAUGUAGAAGUGGAGGAGGAGCCGCCUGUGCCAAUGACAUUUGUAGGAAUAAAGGCUGAACAUGAGAACUGCAUGGACUUACAGAAACAUGUACCAGGCCCCUGUAAUGAGACACAUCCAUCCUCUUCCCCUGAUGCAAAUCAGGCCAUGAAUGUCAAAGUCGAGGAAGUCUCAGAUGUCGAAGUGGAGGAGGAACGUCCUGUGCCAAUGACAUUUGUAGGAAUAAAGGCUGAACAUGAGAAACAUGUACCAGGUCCCUGUAGUGAGAAAUAUCCAGCCUCUUCCCCUGAUGCAAAUCAGGCCAUGAGUGUCAAAGUUGAGGAAGUCUCAGAUGUCGAAGUGGAGGAGGAACAUCCUGUGCCAAUGACAUUUGUAGGAAUAAAGGCUGAACAUGAGAGUUUGCUGAAUGAAGAUCCACUUGUACAUGGUGAGGAGCACCCACUUUCCUCUGAUAUGAGUAAUAAGUCAUUCAGUCAGAGUAAUCUGAAGGAGCGUCAGCGCGUACGUAACCGAGAGCGUCCAUUUUUCUGCGAUGUGUGUAAGAAACCGUUCAGUCGGCAGAAUAAUCUGAAGGUGCACCAACGCAUACAUAGUGGGGUGCGGCCAUUUUUCUGUGAAGUGUGUAAAAAAUCAUUCAGUCAGAAUAGUCUGAAGGAACAUCACCGCAUACAUAGUGGAGAGCGGCCAUUUUCAUGUGAUGUGUGUAAGAAGUCAUUCAAUCGGCAUAAUAAUCUGAAGGCCCAUCAACUUAUACAUAGUGGAGAGCGGCCAUUCUCCUGCGAAGUGUGUAGUAAAUCAUUCAGGCAUCCAAGUCAUCUGAAGGAACAUCUACGCAUACAUAGUGGAGAGCGGCCAUUCUCCUGUGAUGUGUGUAGUAAAUCAUUCAGGCAUCAAAGUUGUCUAAAGGAACAUCAGCGCAUACAUAGUGGGGAGCGGCCAUACUCAUGUGAUGUGUGUAAUAAGGCUUUCAGCAGUAAGAGUCAUCUAAAUAGACAUCAGAGAGUACACAGUGGGGAGCUGCCGUCCUUUUGUGAUGUAUGUCAUAAAUCUUUCAGGAAUCAGAGUCUUCUGCAGGAACAUCAGUCCAUGCAUAGUGUAGAGCGAACGUUCUCAUGUGAUGUGUGUAGUAAGUCUUUCAGCAGUAAGAGUCACCUAAAGCGACAUCAGAGCACACAUGGUUUGGAGCGGCCAUUCUCUUGUGAGAAACAUGUAGCAGGCCCCUGUAGUGAGACAUAUUCAGCCUCUUCCCCUGAUGCAAAUCAGGCCAUGAAUAUCAAAGUCGAGGAAGUCUCAGAUGUAGAAGUGGAGGAGGAGCAGCAGCCUGUGCCAAUGACAUUUGUAGGAAUAAAGGCUGAACAUGAGAAACAUGUACCAGGCCCCUGUAGUGAGACACAUCCAGCCUCUUCCCCUGAUGCAAAUCAGGCCAUGAAUGUCAAAGUCGAGGAAGUCUCAGAUGUAGAAGUGGAGGAGGAACAUCCUGUGCCAGUGACAUCUGUAGGAAUAAAGGCUGAACAUGAGAAACAUGUACCAGGCCCCUGUAAUGAGACACAUUCAGCCUCUUCCCCUGAUGUAAAUCAGGCCAUGAAUAUCAAAGUCGAAGAAGUCUCAGAUGUAGAAGUGGAGAAGGAGCAUUCUGUGCCAAUGACAUUUGUAGGAAUAAAGGCUGAACAUGAGAACUGCAUGGACUUACAGAAACAUGUACCAGGCCCCUGUAGUGAGAUAUAUCCAGCCUCUUCCCCUGAUGUGUAUCAGGCCAUGAAUAUCAAAGUUGAGGAAGACCCAGUGCUACAAGAGGAGGAUGAGGAUCCUUUACCAAUAUCACAUCCAGCAGUAAAGGCUGAAUGUGAGAGAUCACCACAUGAACAUCAUCUUGUAGGUGGUGAGGAGCAUCCAUUUUCCUACAGUAUGAGUAAUGAAUCAUUUGGUGAAAAUAAUCUGAAGGAGCAUCAACUCAUUAAUAGUGGAGAGCAGCAAUUUUCCUGUGAUGUGUGUAAGAAGUCAUUCAGUCGGCAUAAUAAUCUGAAGGCCCAUCAACGCAUACAUAGUGGGGUGCGGCCAUUCUCCUGCGAAGUGUGUAAGAAAUCAUUCAGGCAUCGCAGUCAUCUGAAGGAACAUCAGCGUACACAUAGUGGAGAGCGGCCAUUCUCCUGUGAUGUGUGUAAUAAAUCAUUCAGUCAUCAGACUUGUGUGAAGCAACAUCAGCGCAUACAUACUGGGGAGCGACCACACACCUGUGAUGUGUGUAAUAAGGCUUUCAGCAGUAAAAGUCAUCUAAAUAGACAUCAGAACAUACAUAGUGCGGAGCUACCGUUCUCCUGUGAUGUGUGUAAUAAAUCAUUCAGGCAAGAGAGUCUUCUGCAGGAACAUCAGUCCACACACACUGAGGAGCGACCAUUCUCCUGUGAUGUGUGUAAUAAGGCUUUUAUCAGUAAGAGUCAUCUAAAUAGACAUCAGAGCACACAUAGAGGUGAACUGCGGUUCUCCUGUGAUGUGUGUAAUAAAUCAGUCAGGUAUCCUAGCCAUCUGAAGGAACAUCAGCGCAUACAUAAUGGAGAGCGGCCAUUCUCCUGUGAUGUGUGUAAUAAAUCAUUCAGGUAUCACAAUUGUCUGAAGGAACAUCAGCGCAUGCAUAGGGGGGAGCGACCAUUCUCCUGUGAUGUGUGCAGUAAAUCUUUCAGCACUAAGCGUCAUCUGAAGAGACAUAAGAGCAUACAUGGCUUGGAGCGGCCAUUCUCUUGUGAUGUGUGUAAUAAAUCAUUCAGGCAUCUGUGUCACGUGAAGGAACAUCAGCGCAUACACAGUGGAGAGCGGCCAUUCACGUGUGAUGUGUGUAAUAAGUCAUUCAGCAAUAAGAGUCAUCUAAAGAGACAUCAGAUCAUACACAAUAGGGAGCGGCCAUUCUCUCAGAUGUGUUAAAUAAGCAGUUUAUUAAGAAUUGCCUGAUUACACAUCAAGACACACACACUGGGGAGCAGACAUUUUCUUAUGGUGUGUGCAGUAAAUCCAUUCAGAAGAGGUAUUUCAAGACACCAGUCUAUAGAGGGGAUGGUCAUUUUGGUGUGGUUUUUGUAAUAAAUGGUUGAGUAUCAGGAGUCUGAUAAAACAUCACACACAUAAUGACAAGAAGCCAUAUUUGUGUGAUGUGUGUAAGCUAGCGCUGACUAAAUAGAGUAGACAUCAAUGCGUAAACAGUGUGGCCUGUUUGGAUCCCUAGGGUGUGUAAUAAAUCUUUCCAAUGGCUGAAGGGGUCAUUCCAUACAAAGUGCACAUUGGCUGUGUUCCUGUCAUGUGUAAGAUACUGUUGUGCUCCCAGAAUCUGAAUGAAAAUUAAUUAAU